CAACUGAAUCAAACUUCACAACAAAACUAUUUUUUGGACACAACUCCUUGUAAAUCCUGUUUCAAUUCGCCGGAGAAUGCGCGACAGCCUGCCCGGCGUGUCUCGCGAUGAGAGGCCCGGGUCCAGAUGUAAUGGCCACACUUCUGUCCAUCUUGCUGGUCAUCGUGCCAAACUGUUUAGCCUCAGUACGAUGAAAACAGAAUCUCUUUUGAUUUCAUCCCGUGCCCUCUGUGUUCCUCCAGCUCCUCCUGCUCCUCCGUCUCUUCCUCAGUGCUAUAUUCGAUGUGGUGAGGAAAACGAUUGUGUAGAUAUACACUGUAGCUGGGAUCCAAAGCCGGACCCUGAGACGAACUACAGCCUGCACUGGGAGCCAGCCAUUAGCGAGGAGGGGAAUGUGAUCAAUGGGACCAGUUCUGAUGGGAUUAUCCAGCGAAAACACUUCAAGCAUGGGGAGCUUCGUGUUUGGGUCCAGGCUAAGAACCAGCAUGGUUCGGCCACAUCUCAGGAUGCUCGGUUCAAUACGGCUGAUAUUAUCCAGCUGCUCCCUCCUAAACUCUUGUUAGUCACCCAUGAGGAGUCUUUAGAAAUUUCCUGGAAUUCCACCUGUGAUGAGCAGCAGUUCUCUUGGGGGCAUUGUGACGUCCAAUAUCGGAUUGAGGGAGACCAAGUCUGGCUGCAGGACAUGGAUAUAUUCCAUGGCAGCUAUACAGUCGACAGUCCUCAGCCCGGCACAGUCUAUGAAUUUCAAGUCCGCUGUUCCUGUCACACGGGCUUGACGAGUGACUGGAGUGCAAUCUACAGAAUACGAAGCACAGAGACGGCCCCAGAUGGAGACUUGGAUGUAUGGGGGGAUUGUGGGAUAUCCCAUACAAUCUCUGACUGUGUUGUGACCUGGAAGAAGCUUCCUGUAUCUCAAGCUCACGGUCUCAUUCUGGGAUACAAAGUCAGGCUGUCUUACAAUAACAACGCCUCAGAGAUGCUGACUGUGACCCCGGUUCAGCCACUGGGCCGUGUGGCCUGUGAAAAGAUGCAAUGCCCCUUCACUUUCCCUCUGAAGGAUGCAGCAUCAGUCAGCGUGUCUGCCUACAACACUCAUGGUGCCACAGUGCCUUCUUAUCUCGCGAUGCCAAUACCAGGUAAAGAAAAAAACGAGCAAGCUAUUCGCCUCGUGAUGACCGAAGAGAAGCUCACCGUGUCCUGGGAUCUGCCCUCGCAGCUCUCAGACCACCUGCAGGAAUAUGUGGUGCAAUGCAAACAAGCAGGAAGACCUCCGGGUCACGGAUUUGAUUGGAUCAAAGUGAAUAAAAGCCAGACAACAGGAAUCUUUGAGGGUCAAUAUAGAAAAUACACACCCUACCAAGUGUCACUGUUUACUGUCUCAGACAGCAGUGAAGUCCGUCACCUCUCAUCAGCUAUUGGAUAUUCACUUCAAGGAACGCCCUCCACAGUGCCAUCAUUUAAGGUCUUUUACAUCGCGCCCACUGAUGUGACCCUGUUUUGGAAAUCUACUCCCCUCGCAAAGCAGAAUGGAGUGAUCCUGUACUACCAAAUAAUAGUAGAGAGUGGAGCAAACCCACAGAAAGUGUACAACGCGAGUGUAUCACCACAGCGGGACAACGAGACCUUCCAGCUGCUGCAUCUCAGUCCUGGACAAGAGUACGAGGUGCGGAUUAGAGCCGUGACUGCAGCCGGGCCCGGAGCAAAUGAAACGGCAAAAUUCAAAACGAAGCACCAUGAACAUUUUGGGCACUUGGUAGCAGUUGUGCUUGGAAUCAAUUUGCUGGUCGUGACGUGCGUUGCUUUGGUUUUAUACAGUGCUUUUCGUGCUCCGUGUUUUCUUUACAAAGUGCCGAAUGCCCGCAACAGCCACAUUUUCCGACACAUGAAGCACAUGAAUGGCUCCUUGUCUUGGAUCUGCAUCCCCGUCUAUGAGCCCAAUCCCCAGAUCUCUGUGUUGGAGGUUGUGGAAAUCCAGCCGUGGGCUUUGAGUUCCUCCCUGGAGAAAACCUCUGACCCUGACAGGUUCACUAGGCCAGUGGUCGGAGACGGGGGCUCAAAGACGGACUGCCGCGAUGAUCAGAGGAAGGAAGCUGUCGCAGAAGAGGGUCAUGGGACAAACCACAGAUACGGAAGAGAGGAGUACAGCAAAAUGGUUGACUUCGAUGAAGAGAGAAACAGGGGGGAGAACGGAGAAGAUGUUUGGAGCUCAUCAGAGGAAGAACAGCCGGAGUCGGGAUACGAAAAGCACUUCAUGCCCACUGCUUUUGAAGUACUGGAAGUUUGAUGUUUCUCUGUUGGCUCAUGGACAUUCAUCUCAGACGUGUUAUAUUUUUAUACUUCCUUUAAACGUACAGAAAAUGUUCAAUGUGGAAAUGUUAUUUUUGACAUUGACCCUUUGGUCAGGCUGCUAUAGCCUCUCUACAGGACCCAGGAGGGCAACUCGGGUCAUUGGAGAGAUUAGUGUUUUUUUUACCAUAUCGUGUUCCCUCUAUUUUUUUAAUAACUUUUCAAAUUUCAGUGACUACCUAUGUAAAAAUGUUAAUGUCAGAAUUAUUUUGGCAACAUUAUUGCACCUUUGAACUAUUCAUUUUUAUAGGUAAAUAAAUGUACAUUUUUGCGUCUAUCAUGUAUAAAUAAACUAUUUUAAUAAUG